GUCACUGAGCCAUUAGACUUGCACAAGCCAGACCGUCAAAUAAAGGCCAUCGACUCGGAGCAUAACGGCGAUGACAGACACGAGUCUCCUCGAGCAAACCAACGAGCAUAUUCUCCAGUCAGGACUGGAGACUGCCUUCCAGUCCACGGACAUUGCGCCUAAAUCUGCUGCUGCUACGCUGCCCGCUCCCGCAUCACUCUCAGACGCACCCACAGACGCACCCACAGUAACUUUGGAGGUCCCAGAAGUAUCUGAAGCUGUCGAAGACGCAUGGAAGGGAGAAUAUGAGGCUCAGGUAGAGGAAUGGCGUGCUCGGUCAGCCGAAGCUCGUGCCAAAGCAGAGCACGAGCGCGCACGGUGGGAGCAGAUUAGGAAACGCGAAGCAGAAGAACGGCAAGCGCUUGGCCAGGAGCCAGAAACCCAGGAUGCAUUAGGUUCACAUAUUACGUCCUCAUUUGCCGCUGCAAGUGAGGUAUUGGCCUCUUCCGAGUCUUCGUCUGCUUUUAUGGCCUCGACGUCCCUUGCGGAUUCUGGUCAUCUUGUUAGUGAACAAAAAGGCCCAUCGAGUCAUUUACAUGCCUCUGAACAUCUUAAGACGGAUAGAGGGUCUCCGUCGCAGAAAUGGGAACAUAUAGAUUCAUCUCCCACUUCUUCGUUUCCAUCCAUGUCGUUUCCCGAAACCUCUAUUCCCUCCUCGCCGUCUCCACCGCAGGCUGCACUUCGGCAGAUGACAGCACGUGAUGAACCUCAGGAGCAACAUCCUGCAGAACGCAAGCCCUCCGCCGUGCCACCCUCCACCAUCCCAUCCUUGCUUGACAGCUCAAUUGCACCACGGACACGAAUGUCUUUGCUUCUUUCCUCACUUGCGAUCAACCUAUUACUUCCUUUCGUGAAUGGGGUGAUGCUAGGCUUUGGAGAAAUAUUUGCCAAGAACGUCCUAGUGGGUUGGCUGGGGUGGAAGACGCGGAGCGGCCGCACAGCAGCGAAUAUCGGUAUUCGGAGAUGACCGAUGGUCCCCAUCUUGGUAGUAUGCAUACCCACCAUGUACUGAUCACCGGCACAAUGUUCUUGAAUAUAUACACUUUCAU